GCGGGCGCUCCGCUGACAGAAGGAAGCUGAGUGACAGCAGGGAAGCAAUAUCAAAAAGCCGGGGUAUUCUCUUGGCCUUCUGAAGAAAUAUUCGAAUCUAUGGCUGUCAAAGGGAUGAAUUUGUGCAGUUUAUGCUGUAUUUUCUUGUGUUUUGUCUCGGCAGUGCUUGCAGGGCGAGACUUCUAUAAGAUCUUAGGAGUAAGUAAGUCUGCAACUGUUAAGGACAUAAAGAAGGCUUACAGAAAGCUGGCUCUUCAGCUUCACCCGGACAGAAAUCAGGACGACCCAGAAGCCGCAGAUAAGUUCGCAGACCUGGGGGCAGCCUAUGAGGUGCUUUCAGAUGAAGAGAAGAGGAAACAGUAUGAGAAAUAUGGAGAGGAUGGGCUGAAGGAAGGUCACCAGGGCUCUCACAAUGACAUUUUCUCCAGUUUCUUUGGCGAUUUUGGGUUCAUGUUUGGUGGGAACCGGCAACAACAGGACAGAAACAUCCCCAGGGGGAAUGACAUCAUCCUCGACCUGGAGGUCACACUUGAAGAGGUGUACUCUGGGAACUUUGUAGAGGUUGUCCGCAACAAGCCUAUUGCCAAGGAGGCCCCUGGGAAAAGGAAAUGCAACUGCAGACAGGAAAUGAGGACCACACAGCUUGGACCUGGCCGUUUCCAGAUGACCCAGGAAGUGGUCUGCGAUGAGUGCCCUAAUAUCAAGUUAGUAAAUGAGGAGAGGACUCUGGAGGUGGAGAUUGAGCAGGGGGUGAGAGAUGAGAUGGAGUACCCCUUCAUUGGAGAAGGUGAACCGCACAUUGAUGGAGAGCCUGGUGAUCUACGGUUCCGCAUCAAAGUCAUGAAGCACCCAGUGUUUGAGCGUCGAGGAGAUGACUUGUACACCAACGUCACUAUCUCUCUAGUGGAGGCCCUGGUGGGCUUUGAGAUGGUCAUCGCACAUCUGGACGGACACAAGGUGCACAUAGUGAGGGAUAAGAUCACCAAACCUGGCGCCCGGCUGUGGAAGAAGGGAGAGGGCCUCCCCAACUUUGACAACAACAACAUCCGUGGCUCCCUCAUCGUGUCCUUCGACGUGGACUUCCCCCAGCAGCAGCUGGACGAGCAGCAGAAAGACGGUGUGAGGAGUCUUCUGAAACAGGCGUCUGUACAGAAGGUGUACAAUGGCCUGCAGGGAUACUGACACAUCAAAAGACAGAGUGUGGACUGAUUGCUCUGUCUCCGACACACACACACACACACACUCUGAGCGAGCAGAGGCCAGGAGGCGGGGUUUUAUUUAUUUUGGGGGGACUUGUUCUCAGGAUGGGUUGAAUUUAUUUGUGGUUUUUCUCCUUUUAAAUGUCAUGCAUUCUAACAGUGGCAGAAUUUUCUAAAAUAAUAUUAAUUAGCAGAGUUUUUUUUUUAUUGCCUUAUUUUGUUUUUUCAAUUCUUAAAUGACUUUCAUUUUAGAGCAUUUAGAUAUUCACAUCAAAGAACCUUUAGUGUCCUGCACUGCUUCAAUCGCUAAGACUAUUACUUUCAGUGCUGCCUACCCACCUCAGUAAUGGCCUCUGUACAACAGCAAUCACUUCUGAUGGAUAUGGAUUUCGAUUAAUGCCCGGGAUCAAAUAAUUGACUUUCUAUUAAAUCCCAGAGGGCAUUCUUAGGCUCUUUGGAUAUUUCCCCAGGCAGUUAGAAUUAUUCACUGAUGAAAAAAUGUUGACGUGGUUCCCCAUUGUCACUAUUCUGUAAACAAGCCAAACAUGAAGUAUACAUUUUGUAUAUAUGGAAGGAAGAAACCAACUUUUUUCACAUUUAUGUACAGAUUUAAUGUUUUUCUCUCGGUAGUGGAAGGGGUUUGUAUGUUGUGUGUCUGCUUUAAGGCAACGGUAACCAGAGUUGACCUCUUCAGCCGCGCCACAGUGGAGUGACCUCAUCGUCCUCAUCAUCAUUAUCCAUCACCGGGGGUGUUGAAGUCCAUCCCUCUCCCUCCCAACGCUCAUGUCCCCUUGAGGCUGUCAUCCACCCCUUUGAAUCUGGCUCCUCCUCCCCAGCCUAGUCUCUGGACUGCUCCUCCUAACAGAAAGGGAUGAACUGUGAAUAAACUGGCCGAUUUUCCGGAGUGCUCUACUGGAAUAGACAAAUGUUACUUUUCAAUUGAAAAUUCAAUUAAAAGUUUAUAUGAA